AAAAAUAAAUAUAAAUAAAAGUGGUGGUGGAUGCAUGCAUAUAUAAAAAAAGAAAAGAAAUAUUUUUUCUCUCUGCCAGACAGCCACAGCAAGAUACUUUUAUGUUAUUAUAUUUAUAAUUCAUAUUUUAUUCUCUCGAGUCAUCCGAUAAUUCAGUACCGAAUAAAAAAUAAUUUCAACAAAAAAACGCGGUCAAGUUUUUUUUUUUUUUGAUUAAAAAGACAAACGGUUUUAUUAUUAAAACAAAUAUAUUCAAAAUUAAAGUCAUUUACUUGUCAUCAUCACCAUCAUCAUCGUUAAUCAUCAUCAACAUCAUUGUGCGGCUAAUAAAUUAAUAAACUCAUUUGCAAAAUGUUUUGAUUAAUUCAAUUGUGUAUUUUAUUUAUUUAUUUUUAUUUGUUUAUUUAUAAAAAACAAAGAAAAAUAUUUAUUUAAAGCUUGUCAACCAACGUGUUAUUGAACAGAAAAAUAAACAUUCAAGAUGGGACGUUACUCCGGCAAAAAAUGUCGUUUAAUAACGAUGAUUUGUAUGUCCUCCACUGUUUUCUUUGUGGAAAUAGUAGUUGGUUAUAUGUCAAAUUCAAUGUCACUUAUUGCGGAUAGUUUUCACAUGUUAUCAGAUGUUGCUGCGCUUAUUGUGGCACUUUUAUCAGUAAAGAUGUCUCCAAAAAAAUGGUCAAAAAAUACAUUUGGCUGGGCAAGAGCUGAAGUUCUAGGUGCCUUGGUCAAUGCUGUUUUUCUUGUUGCCUUAUGCUUCAGUAUAACUGUUGAAGCAGUCAAAAGAUUUAUUGAAGUUGAAGAAAUUCAUGAAGCUGAAAUGUUAUUAGGCACAGGUUUUUUGGGUCUUGCUGUUAAUGUCAUUGGAGUAUGUCUUUUUUGGGAGCACGGAGGAUUGGGUCAUGGACACUCACAUGGUAUGUCACGAAGUCACAAAAGACUAAGCACACUUGUUUCUGAUGAACUUAAUGAAAAUGAUGAAACAUAUUCAUCACCACAAAAAAAAUCACAUGGACAUUCACACGAUGCAAGUCAAAUGAAUAUGCGAGGUGCACUUUUACAUACAAUAUCUGAUUUACUUGGAUCUGUCAUCGUUAUUAUUUCUGCAACUGUUAUAAGCUAUACUAAUUGGCAAUACAGAUUUUAUAUUGAUCCAGCACUAAGUUUGAUUCUUGUUAUUUUAAUUCUUCAAUCAGUUUGGCCAUUACUCAGAGAAUCAGCUCUUAUUUUACUUCAAACUGUUCCAACACACAUUCAGGUUGAUGAAAUACAACAAAGAUUACUGGAAAAUAUCGAUGGUGUUCUUGCCGUUCAUGAAUUUCAUGUUUGGCAAUUGGCUGGUGAUCGAAUCAUAGCAUCAGCACAUAUACGUUGUCGUAAUUUAUCUGAGUACAUGAAAAUUGCUGAACAAGUUAAAAACUUUUUCCACAAUGAAGGCAUACAUUCAACAACAAUUCAACCUGAAUUUAUCGAGUAUCAUUCAAACAGCGAAAUAAAAGAAACACCAACUGAAGAUUGUGUACUUGAUUGUCCAAAAACAGACAAAUCAUGUAAUCAAGCAACUUGUUGUGGUCCAUCAAAACAGGGCCGUGAAACUCCAUCACCUGGUGAAACACCAUUAAUGUGCCGACAAAGAAAUAGUCGUGCAAAUACAUCAGCAACUGGUGUUGAUCCACAAGAAAUGAAUGAAAUGGAACGUGGACAUUUAUUACCAUCACCAUUACCAUUAUCAACACAUCAUUCCGUCCAACUUGGUCAGCCAGCAACACCUCCACCAAUUGGUUGGUUUGCAAAUCCAGAAACAACAAUAAAUACACUUGAUUAAUUUACAUAAAUACCUUUUUUAUCUUAAACGUAAAUUUUUAUUAAUUGCGUUUAUCAAAAAAAAAUAAGCUUCUACCUCGAGUUGUCUAUGAAUCAAGUGGUAAAAAAAAUUAUGUAAGUUUUUUUUUAAGCAUGUGCAAGUUGGUCUGAUGAUCUUUUUUUAUUUUAAUUAAACAGCUGCAAUGGCAGUUAGGUAGAUAUUUAGAAAAAAGAAAAAAAAACUGUACAAAGAAAUUUAAUUUUCAGCGCUAAAAAUUAGUAAUAGUUUUUAAUUUUUUUUUUCGAAAUAUUGAGAUAUAUUUUUUCAGUAUCGAUCGACUGCCAAAGGCACUUAAUACCAAACUGAGUAAAAAUUAGAUCGAAACUCAUUGAAAUAAUUCGAAUCAUCGAAUGAUUUUUUUUUUUUUUUUGUUUUUUUUUUUAAUCAUCGAAUUAUAAAUUUUGCUACUGAUAUUUUUUAGCGUUACACUUUGAGUGUCUGUGACAUUAUAUGGUAGAUUACUUAGCAAUUUUAUUUUUAUUCUAUUUUUUUUUUUUUUUAAAUAACGUAUAGUGAAGAAAAUGAAAAAAGAAAAAAAAUAUAUUGGAGUUAUUUGCUUCAUAAAUUCGUAAGUUUAAUAUAGAUUAUAAUAAAACGAAUAAAUUUUUAAAUCAUUUAUGUAAGACUUGAUAGAGUGAGAAAAGGCA